GUUUUAUCUGGUAGCAUUCUAUAAAAUCCCGGUUUCAUCUGCAUUGAAUAUCAUCUGAAUAAUCACUGGAUAUUUCGGGCCAAACUUGAGAAAUCCAGUCAUUGAUACGUUCUUGUCAACUGAAGCUGACUCGACACACAUUUUUCCAAAAACAAUGUUAUGUCUUUUCUUAAACCUGUCUAGCCAACCGGAGCUACAUUUGAAGUAUGGAACCAUGAGAGCUCUACCUUCUCUGUUAGACUUAGUUGCAAGCAGAAUCACGGAUGAAACACAACUCAAUAAGUUGAAAAAUUUGGUUACGAACCUGGACGCAGAACACAAGGAAAGCGGCAAUGCAGCCUUGGAGAAGGCUGAAGCCAAUUUGAAAUGGAAAAAGCAAGUGGAAAGGGAUCUUCAGAAUUACUAUGGUAUUCCGUCUGAUGAUACUGAUUCGGCUGUUACCAGUACUGUUUCUUUAAUUAUUGUUACUAUAUGUUCUGUAAUAGAUGUUAUUGGUUUUUAAGUCAAAGUUUGAACCAACAUCCCGAAUAUAAUUGUUCUUAUA